AUGUGCCUCGGACGCCCGGACUCACCAAUAAAGGUAUCAAAACCCGAAGAGCGCCAUUGGAGUCGGGAUCUGCGCACAAUGGAAAACUCCGAUGUGCCCAGUUUCUCAACGAAUUACCAGACGUCAAACAUCAUGGUCCGAAGUCACCUUCGGUUGCGGCCAGGAAUUUCGAAAAAACCGAUAAAUUCCAAAACUCAGAUCAUAUAUUUCGGCCCAAGUAGAGCGAAAUGA